AAUUUCCUUUGAAAGUUCGUGGUAUACGAGGUAAAUUGAAAAAAUGUAACAUGGGCACAGAUAAUUAAAAGUUUAGCUAGUUUCACUUCAAUAAGGCGCCGAAAUUUUCAAAAAUGUUAAUGUUACAUGGUAAAAGUAUAACAAACCAAUCAGAAUACAGAAAAGUAGUUAUGUCAUAGACAACCAGCUGGACUUAGUGGUCGGUAUAAUUAUAUUGUACAGGUAACAUAUGCUAUGCUUUUCGUGUGCUGGGAUGCUGGGUAAGUGAGGUUAUUUUAGUGUAUCUCUAAAUGGAAAAAUUAUGGCAACAAAAGGACUUUAUUACAAUGCAUCCCAUGAUGGAAUGGAUCAUGCAUAUAGGCAACGAAUUGCUGAACAGUAUCAAAUAAGUGCAUUAAACAAAUCUAGGCUCAAAUACUGCAUAUUUUUUCAUUAUUUACUCUUCUUUGCAAUGUUAGCGAAAUUGUCUGCCGAUAUACUAGACAAAUUAGAUAUAUUUAUUUUAGAAAUUGAAGAGUUAAGUAUACCACAGCCUUUAUGGUGGGAAUAUAUUUGGUGCAUUAGUUUAUUACUUUCAUUUUUGGGACUUGCAGCUAUUAGGAGGAAUGGUGUUAAGCAAAUGAAGCAAUACAUUGCAGGGCUAUGUAUAUUUGGAUAUUUACCUCUACUUUAUGCUCUUGUUUAUUAUUGUAAAAAUGUUUGGAUAUACUUAACAUCAGAUGAUGAUGAUGAGCUGGACAAUAUCCAAUGGUGGCAGGGCUAUCCAUAUGGGUUGCUCUGGUAUGCAUUUAUAUUACUAGCUGUUCAGGUUCAUUCAUUUUCACUAUAUUUUGCCUGGAGCUUGAUAAAAGCAUGGAGAGCUCGAGGUGUGAAAAAAAUCGAUUAAUUGUCGAUCGAUUGGGAUGCCUUAUUAUUGCUCAAACAUUUUCAUCUGUCUGUUGAUUGAAUUUAAUUUUUUUCCCAUUAAUAUGUUAUAAGUGUUUUUAUUUAUCACCUUGUUCCAUAUACAUAACUAUUCUGUUCAAAUAUUGUUAUCCUUGUGUUGGUUGAUAGUUUUUAAUGAAACUACAUAUUUUUGUGACUUCUUGUAUUCAAAUAAACAAGGCUAUUUAGUUUUUGUACUUAAAGUAGUACAAGAAAUUUAAAUGCUUUUCCUUUUCUAAUAAAUGAUGAAAAAACAUUUCAA